AUUAACAGCUUUGACAUCAGGGAACAAGCAAAUAUAAAUCACUCAGCCCUAAGAGAGGUUCAGCAGAGACACCCAUCAGGAGUUUGAAGCUUGAUUUUUAAUGUGUGUCACUCCUUGUCUGCAUCAAGGGUUGAAAGCCAGAACUUUGCCUGCAUACUUGCUUCAAGCAGAAUGAAAGAUUCUAAACUUCUCUCUCUAAGAUGCAUCAUCUUGAUCCUGCUUUUUCUUCAUCAGGUCUGGGCUCAGUUCCCAAGAGAGUGUGCCACAGUUGAGGCUUUGAGAAAUGGUGUGUGCUGCCCAGACCUGUUCCCCCUUUCUGAACCAGGAUCUGACCCUUGUGGCUCCUCAUCAGGGAGAGGCAGGUGUGAGGCAGUGACUGCAGACUUCCGGCCCCACAGCCCUCAGUACCCACACGAUGGCCAAGAUGACAGGGAGCGCUGGCCUACUCAGUUCUUCAAUAGAACAUGUCAUUGCAAUGGCAAUUUCUCAGGACACAACUGUGGAACUUGUCGUCCUGGAUGGAGAGGAGCUGCCUGUAACCAGAGGGUUCUCACUGUCAGGAGAAACCUUCUGGAAUUAAGUAUAGAGGAAAAGAACCGCUUUGUCCGUGCCCUGGAUAUGGCAAAGCGCACAACACACCCUCAGUUUGUCAUUGCCACCAGAAGAUCAGAAGAAAUAUUGGGGUCAGAUGGCAACACACCACAAUUUGAGAACAUUUCCAUUUAUAACUUCUUUGUUUGGACACAUUAUUACUCAGUCAAAAAAACGUUCCUGGGGGCAGGUCAGGAAAGUUUUGGUGAAGUGGAUUUCUCUCAUGAAGGACCAGCUUUUCUCACAUGGCACCGGUAUCAUCUAUUACAGUUGGAGAGAGAUAUGCAGGACAUGUUGCAGGAUUCUUCUUUCUCCCUUCCUUACUGGAAUUUUGCGACUGGGAAGAAUGUCUGUGACAUCUGCACUGAUGAUUUGAUGGGAUCAAGAAGCAGCUUUGAUUCCACACUUAUAAGCCUGAACUCUGUCUUUUCUCAAUGGCGAGUGCUCUGUGAAUCCUUAGAAGACUAUGAUACCCUAGGAACUCUUUGUAACAGCACUGAGACUGGACCAAUAAGAAGAAAUCCAGCUGGAAAUGUGGCUAGACCAAUGGUACAACGCCUUCCUGACCCACAGGAUAUAGCUCAGUGUUUGGAAGUUGGCUUAUUUGACACUCCUCCUUUUUAUUCCAAUUCUACAAAUAGUUUCCGAAACACAGUAGAAGGUUACAGUGAACCCACAGGAAGGUAUGACCCUGCUGUUCGAAGCCUUCACAAUCUGGCUCAUCUAUUCCUGAAUGGAACAGGAGGGCAAACCCACUUAUCUCCAAACGAUCCUAUAUUUGUGCUCCUGCAUACUUUCACUGAUGCAAUUUUUGAUGAGUGGUUAAGGAGAUAUAACGCUGAUGUAUCCACCUUUCCAUUGGAAAAUGCCCCUAUUGGACACAACCGACAAUACAAUAUGGUGCCAUUCUGGCCUCCAGUUACUAACAUAGAAAUGUUUGUUACUGCUCCAGACAACCUAGGAUAUACUUAUGAAAUCCAAUGGCCAAGUCAGAAUUUUAGUAUUUCUGAGAUUAUUACCAUAACAGUAGUUGCUGCCUUAUUACUAGUUGCGGUCAUCUUUUUGGGUGCUUCCUAUCUGAUUCGCACCAAAAGCAACAUGGAUGAAGCAAAUCAGCCACUCCUCACUGAUCAGUAUCACCACUAUACUGAAGAAUAUGAAAAAAUCCAGGAGCCUAAUCAGUCUACAGUCUGGUGAUAGAUCAUUUAUUCUCUCAUGCUUCAGUAUCACAUAACCACCUGCUUGGAAAAUAAUAAAUUUAGUUUCUGUAUUUUACUUCAUUCUGUAACUUCUUUCUUAAACAUUAAUAUAUUGAAAUUAAAACUUCAGAAGCUAUUUUCUAGAACUGAGAGGUCAUUAACAAUGUUUCAGUGUAAAGUUUUAUGUCAUCUUAGUCAAGUUAUCAUUACUCUCCCUAUGUGCUAUAUUAUUCAUUGUAAGUAAUGUUCAAUUCUAAUCUUGGAGACUUGACAUUAUCCUCAGUUCUCCAGUUCUCUUAUUAAACACUGUAAAUGAAGUUAUUAUGCACUCACUGGAAAGCACAUUACACACCGCUUUAAAUCUAUUAUUUUCUAGUAAACAAGCAUCUGUUGCAUGCCAAGACUACAAACUGAACUAAGUUGUAAACUCUAAAUGAAGUAAGUAAAAAUUUCUGACUGGCCCUCACUGUGUACUCGAGAAUGAGCAAUUAUUACUUUUGUGCCUUCUUGGUAUGUAUGUCUUCUUGGCUAUGGUAUGUCUUCACUCCUAGAAACAUAUUUUUAUAUAACCAAUUACAGAUCAACUUUAAAACUG